GGUUUCAACCAAUCUAACGUUUUGACGCUUUUCACGAUUGUACAGUGAUAGUAGUAAAAUAAAAGAUACUUAGUAGUAUUUUGACCAAACGAAAAAUAUAGACUUUUGUAGGGUGGUGAAAAAUUGAACUCAUUGACAUCCACUGUUACUUUAGUAGAAGAAAAUACAGAAUAUAUACAUUAGAAAUGCUGAUUCAAUGGGUUGCUAUUCUUCUAAUUGGCCCUCCUUUGGUUAUGUGCGUUGACCUAAAACUAGUACAUGAAUGGCGCGAGUUGGAAUUCGCAUUUCCCUCAAGACACUUGCGUGAAUACGCUCUCCAGAAUGGACUCUACGAAAGGGGUGCCUCGUUACCCAUUGAUGUUGCUGUGGAUUAUAAAGAAAAUGGAGGUUCUAGGAUAUUCGUUACAAUACCGAGGUUUUCAAAUGGGGUACCAAUGACACUUACUACAGUAACGAGGCAGCAAGCCGCUAAUGGACCAAUGUUGGCGGCAUAUCCAGAUUAUUCCUGGCAUUCCAGUCAUGGCCGGAAUUGCAACGGCUUAACAUCUGUGUUCCGGGUCGAUAUAGAUAAAUGCAACAGAAUGUGGGUAUUGGAUACAGGAAUGAUUGGAUCCACACAGCAUUGUCCACCUCAACUUGUAGUUUUUAAUCUGCAUACUGACAAAAUGAUAAUGCGCUACAGAUUCCCAGAAGAUCAAUACAAAAGUGGCAUCAGUUUAUUCGUCACUCCAGUCGUAGACGUCCAAGACAGCAACGGAAAAUGUAGCAAUACAUUUGUCUAUAUUGGAGAUGUAACUGGACAAGGCUUAGUAGUAUUUGACUUGAAAAACGAGCGAUCCUGGCGAAUUAAUAAUAAACUUUUUUAUCCUAAUCCGGAAUGGGGAACAUUCACAAUUCAAGGCGAAUCAUUUGAUUUGAUGGACGGAAUUGUUGGCAUGGCAUUAACCCCACAACAAGCAAAGGAUACACGAUUCAUCCAAAAUUUAUUUAAUCAUGGCAACGGUUAUAAUGGUAAUAAACAUCGUGGAGAACCAAGGACACUAUAUUUCCAUGCUUUAGCAAGUAAUGCUGAAAACAUGGUUACAACUGACGUACUUCUUAACAGCACAAUGUGGACCGAAGAUCCAGAUGCAAAUCCACGACUUUUUGAGACGAUAGGGAAAAGGGAUACCCAGAGCGCCGCCCAGGCCAUAGACAACCACGGCAACUUAUUUUUUGGGCUGGUCAAUCCACAAGCCAUUGCUUGCUGGGACACGAGCACUCCAUACGAACCUCAAAAUCUCAUCACUGUUGCCGAGAAUCCCGAAACAUUACAAUUUGCCAGCGGCGUUAAAGUAAUCAAUAACUUAAUUGGCGGCCAAGAGUUGUGGGUGAUGACGAAUUCAAUACAAAAAUUCAUGACUGGCAGUAUUAAUAAUGAAACCGUAAACUUUCGCAUACAAGCAUUACAAACUGAAGGCCUUCUUGGGCCCGAUGGUCGCUGCACAAGAGUUGGCAGGGGUAGCAAUGCUUCCCAUGGAAGGGCCUCAGGGUAUGCCCCAUUGAUAUUUAAUUAAUAUCUUACUGUACAACAUUCGUGUGAAAUAAGUCUAUACAAAUGCCAAGGAACUAUUUUUUAGUUAUUUAUUUAUUAUUUAUGUGUCUAUUUUGUAUAUGUUUUAAGUUAUUUGC